AUGCCAUGGAACCUGGAGAAGCCUUCCCAACACCUAGCCCCUAAAUUUUUGCCACCCCCUUUCCUCGCGGCAAGGCCCGAAGCUUUGGUGCCUAGGGCUCUGUCCAAAAAGAAUCGAAAAACAAGCCGCGAAGUUAUGUUCGACUUAUUUCCCUUGUGCGUCGAAAUUACGAGCGAGCUGAAAUCGAGAGUUCCUGAUACGAGAACCGCGACGACCGAACCACAUGUCUCGCAAGACAGGUAG